AUGAUAAUGCGGCAUCAGAUUGGAAGCACUAACGGCCUCGGCGCCCAUACAACACCUGACAAUACACAAGCACUUGUGAUUUGCUUUCAUUACCAGGACUAUGUCUGCUGGUGCGACCUGCGACGACUGGAAUCAACAUGUGGCCGAGGCGCGAGGUUCCUGACCGCAGGGGCCGACGACGCACGCUGGGAAAAGUUCAGGGCAGCUUGGAACGAACACGUAACAGCUCGGCCCGAACAGUCAUACUCCGGGCUCGCAAGCAGUCAGACGGCAACAAAUCCAGAAAGCGCGAUGGCAGCAUUCAGGCGUCGAAGCAGGGCGCCAAGUCUCGGAACGCCUUCUGCCCAGACUCCGCGGCCCUACCUACCGGAAUGGAAGGAAGCCGCGUGGUUGGGCGAUCAAAAUGCCUCAGCCAUCUAUUGGCAGCCACCAGAUCAGCUUUAG